AGGUUUCAGUGCAGUAACAGUGUUUUUGAACAUAGUAAAGUGAAGAAAAACACUAGUUUAGGACCUAAUACAUUGGUCAAAGAUAUUAUGCGGUAAAAUCAGAUAUGCCAUAGUAACAUAAAUAUACUGUAUAUAUAUAUAUAGUUUUAUUUACAUAGGCCUAUCUAUAUAUUUAUAUCUAUCUAUAUUAUUUGUUUUAAAUCAGUAUGGAAUUUAAUGCAAACGAGCAUCAGCACCUCAGAUAUAAUCCAUUAAAGGAUGAAUGGGUCCUUGUGUCACCUCAUCGAUUGAAACGACCGUGGGCUGGGAAAGUAGAAGAAAAUGAAGAAACACAAAUUCCUGAAUAUGAUCCAAAGAAUCCACUGUGUCCAGGAAACAUUCGGUCAAGUGGAAAGCAGAAUGAACAAUAUACAUCCACGUAUGUAUUUAACAAUGAUUUCCCAGCUUUGAUGAGUGAUGUAGUCGCCCCUGCAUGUUCUGAGGAUCCAUUGUUUAAGAUGGCACCAGCUAGUGGCGAAUGUAAAGUGAUGUGUUUCCAUCCUCAUUCAAACGUGACGUUACCUGUCAUGAAAAAGGAAGAAAUACUUAACGUUAUAAAUGAGUGGAUAUCAAUUAUAAAGGAAAUGGCAGCAAAAUACAAAUGGGUUCAAAUAUUUGAAAACAAAGGUGCAAUAAUGGGAUGUUCAAACCCCCACCCUCAUUGCCAGGUGUGGGCGAGUUCUUUUCUCCCAAAUGAACCCCGUGUUUCGGAUAAAACCCAGAAAAGUUAUUUCCUGAAAUACGGUUCUCCGAUGUUGGUUGAUUAUGCUGCAAGGGAAUCGAAAUCUGGUGAACGCACGGUCGUGGAAAACAAUAAUUGGAUUGCAGUCGUUCCAUACUGGGCUACGUGGCCCUACCAAACCAUGUUGUUGCCUAAACGUCAUAUUUUAAGGAUGACAGAUCUAGAAGAUGUGGAAAAACAGUCACUGGCUGAAGCAAUGAAACUCCUGCUUACCAAAUAUGAUAAUUUAUUCAAAGUUUCUUUCCCUUACAGUAUGGGUUGGCAUGGAGCACCAACUGGGC